AUGGCUCAACCGGCUCACAAAGUUUUCACUGUGAUUCAUAUUAAGUCACACAUCCCCAUUAUACUCGAUAUGCAAAAAAUGAAUUACGAUGCUUGGCGUGAGCUUUUCGAAACUCAUUGCUACAGCUUCGGUGUUUACGGUCAUCUCGUUGGUACUUCCACUCCAGCCAACGACGACGACACUCCUUGGAAGGACCGUGACGACAUCGUCAAAAUGUGGAUCUACGGCACCAUCUCCCCUUCUCUUCUCGACACCAUCCUUAAAACCCGUAGCAGCGCUCGUCAGAUCUGGACAUCCAUCGAGAAUCUCUUCCGCGACAACAAGGAGGCGCGUGCAAUUCAACUUGACAAUGAACUUCGUUCCCUUACCAUCGGUGACCUCUCCGUCCAUGACUACUGUCAAAAGCUAAAGACACUCUCCGAUCUCUUAGCUAACGUUGAUUCUCUUGUCACGGAACGAGUCGUUGUCACGCACAUGCUCAAUGGCCUCACCGAGAAAUAUGACAACAUCAACAACAUCAUCCGUCAUCGCCAACCGUUUCCAUCGUUUGCUACUGCUCGCUCCAUGCUGGUUGAGGAGGAGCGUCGUCUCUCCAAACAGAUCAAAACCGGCACAUUGACCACCAUCGGGUCUUCAUCUCAUAGUGCAUUGUAUACUUUCCCCGGUGGAAACAACAGCAACGACAGAAAUCCCCGUCACAACAACCCCCCUGGCGGUAACUAA